GUAGUCUCUCUGCUUCCGGGUUCCCGGGUAGAGCCGGCGAGAGGGUCGUUCCCGCAGCUGGGCGGCUCCGGAGCCUGCUGGGUGCCCCCCCCUCCAAUACCCGCCCUGCAUCGGGAGGGGGCGUCCUCUGCAGCCCCCCCUGCUGCUUUUGCGGGGGGGGGCAGCCUCUCUCUUCCUCCCCCCACAGCUGGGCACCCCCGAGGGUCGCCCCCCCCUCCCAGCCUGCUCCCACCAUGGUCCGCGCCUUCUUGAUCCACCCGCUGCGCGCCCGUCCCGGGGAAGCGCCCGAUCCCUGCCGGCCCCUCUUCUGCAGGGUCUUCGCGGGGGCGGCGGAGGAGCCCCCGGCCCAGAAGGAGCGGCUGCGGGCGGUGGCCAGGCGGGUGGAAACGGCGUUCCGGCUGCAGCAGACCCUCUCCGGGAAGCGUCUCUCUCAGCACCUUCACCAGCCGCUGCUGUCCGACGAAGCUGUUUCUCUCCCGGAGACCCCCCCUGGGGUCUUCCGCCUCCCCGCAGGGGACCCCUUCCCCGAGGACGUUACGGUGCUCUGGCUGGGGGUCCAGGCCUUGGCUUUUGUUCUGGUUUGUGACCCCGAGGAAAACCUGAUGCUGGCGGAGGGCACGCUGAAACUCCUGGCCAACGCUCUGCUGGAGCACCUGAAGCUUUUGACCCCGGGGAGCGAGGCGCUCUUGAAGGCCGACCGGACGGAGGCCGUCCUGGAGAAGUUCCUGCCCCACGGACAGCUUCUCUUCCUGAACGACCAGGUUGUGGUGGGGCUGGAGAGGGAGCUGAGCCUCCAUUUUGGCAAAUGAAUGGCUUCCGGGGCCCUCUGUUGCUGCCUCUUCUUAUUGUGGCCGAUGCAUUAAAUUGUGGCCGAUGCAUUAAAUUGUGGCCAAUGCAUUACAAAAAAAAAAAAAA